AUGACCUCGAUCGCCGCAGCCGCCGGCGAGGUCGUCUUCGUCCCCAAGGCACUAGGCUCGUACUUUUAUGAAUCCUUCCCGUGUCAGCAGGCUCAAACCAGUGGCUACGGCGGACUUCAAUUCACCGUCCAGGGGCCGUCCAACGGUUCCUUCUCCCUCGAGCUGCAGACUGUCGCGGACUGCAACGUCACGACCGGCCACAAUAGCUCGUAUAACAUAGUCGGCAACCUGACGGGCCAGCUCCAGACAGUCACUCUUCCUCUGCUUGGCUUCGACAACAACCCGAACUAUGACGCCAUAGUUGGUCUAGUGUGGACCGUGUUCUCGUCGUAUGGAACCCAAUGGACCAUAGGAAACAUCACGCUGGUCUGUGGGGCUCUUCCCGGUGGCACGCCGCCUACGGCGACGGUGUUGCCAACAAGAUCGACAAUAGCGCCGACACCAACAACUGUACCCACCGUGGCGCCGACGACAGCUUGCUCGAAUCUUCUGAUUGACGACUGGGAGUCGCAGUCACGCUUGACCUUCCUGGGAUACAAUGCCAUGGGACAGGCCUCGAGCGAUGACGGAACCAUGGCUUCCAUCGUCGUCAGCGGCCACAGGGUUAUGCUGACCCCUUCCAGCACCGACUCGUACUUCUACAGCCAGUUUGGCUGCCUGGAUACCCAAAACAAGUACGGCGGCAUCUCCUUCAAGAUCAGAGCUGCACGAGGAACCACAUUUGCCGUCACAAUGGGCUGGUUCCAGACAUGCGGGUCGAAUAACCUCAAGACGGCCACCCUGACUUCGACGCAGUUGAAAUGGUCCUUCGACGGCACCGAGAGGCUCUACUGGUUCCCCUUUUCCGUCUUUACUGGGCUUGACGCGUCCAAGCUCAACAUGAUCUACUUUUCCACCUUCAACGCUGCCGUCAUACUCGGGCCCAUGUCAUUCUACUGUGGCACUACUGCCACGGAAUACAUUGCCCCACCCGGAGGUGCCAUAUCAGCCCCCCUUGCGCUGGCGACGUCCGUUGUUCCUGUCUCCAAUGCGAAGAGCUUUGUGAUUGAUUCGUUUACGAACCAGGAGACGAAUGCUCUCGGCCAAUGGCAUGGCGGCGAGGACGGCAUGGCGGCUGUCUUUGGCAACAAUAAGCUCACAAUUCUCACCAACGAUUCCGACGCAAACUGGAACACGCAGUUGGCGGAUGGAUGUGCCGAUAUGCGCGCCUAUUCUGGAGCAUACCUGCACAUUGCCUACUCUGGCAGCAACAAGUUCAGUGUUGCCCUGCAGCAACAUAAUGAAAAGUGUGACGAUAGCAUUCAGCCUGCACCAGAGACGUGGGAUUCGCUGGAGGCGGCCAGGUACGCCUCGGCAAAGGAUAUCUACAUGCCCAUCAAGCAUUUCAACGUCAACCUUACGCGAAGCAUCGGUUUCAAUCUGCGAGGGUUUUACACAAGGGACCCAACUGUUAUCACCAAAAUCGAAAUCGUAGACUCGGUUCCCACGGGGUGGACCAUGCCCCAAAAGCUCGGCUCGGGCAACCUCAUCUUUGCCUGCACGCGGCCCAACUCGUUUGCGUUUGCCAUUGACGACGGCGACCCGCAGCUGGCAAAGAGAGUCAUGGAGAUUGUCAAGCAAGCCGACAUCCCGGUAACUUUCUUUACCGUCGGCCUGCCGCUCCUAGACCCCACGACGGGUCUCGGGGACAUUUACAAGGAGAUGGCGUCGCAUGGACAUCAGAUUGCGCUGCACUCAUACACGCAUCCCAAGAUGGAGGGCCUGCCAGACGUUGCAAGCAUCGAUUGGGAAAUCAACAAUGACCUUGGGGCAGUCAAGCAGGUCUUUGGCGACAAGGGACAUACCAACUACUUCCGGCCGCCUUUUGGCACCGAAGGCGCGCGCAUGCGGCAGCAAAUAGCGCACCACUUCAAGGAUCCCAACGCAAAGAUUGUCAUGUGGAGCAUCGACGUCGAAGACUGGCUGUGGGCCUUGACGCCAACUCCCGAGAACCAGCUGGCCGCGUUCAAGCGUGACCUGGCCGCGGGCGGAAACCUCGUUGUAAUGCAUUACCUCUACAAUACGACGGUUGAGUACCUGCCCGAGUUCAUCAGACUCGCAAAGGCAACGGGUAAAAGGCUGAUGCGGGUCGACCAAUGUAUGGAGGACCCGAACGCGCCCCCUCUGACUUGA